CGUUCCGUGACCUUUUGUUGAAAGAGUCGAGCAUUAUCAUCAUCUCCACACAUCAGUUUUUAAAACAACACACAUACUCAACUAUAACAAAACAAGACAAAACAUUAUUACAUAAAAAAACAUGCUAUACCGCGAUCUCACCAACAUCUACAUCAACAUGCAACAUCAAGAAGAUCAGAACCAGGAGGGCAGCCAAAGUCAAAGUCAAAGCCAAGGCCAAAGCCAACCCACCUACAGCCAAGCAAGCGACGACGCCAAUUUCAGUCUUAGCAACAGUCGCCGCUACGCCCAUCCCCCCCGCCACAGGAUGCCCUAUCCUCCCUCCUACCAUCGUCUCCUCACCCCGCCUAACGAGGAGUACGCGACCACCUCUCAGUCGAGCAUGAUGACCGAAUCCCAGCGAUCCAUGGGCUCGGCGGCAUCGUCGUCGUCCAGACGCAGCAUCAUGUCUUCGAUCCCUACUCUGAGGAGACAGGAUGCUACUGUUGGUCAGGGCUGAGGAUGAGGAUGGACCAAGUGAUGGCGAGGACAGACGGAUAUGCGACUGCUGUUAGUCGACUAGGGCAGCUGCCUACCUAUCACUACGAAUUCUACCAAGCCUCAUUGGAGGCCCGUGGUGUCUGCGGUGGUCAAAAGCGGGGAACCUACCUCUACCUGUAAAGAGACGGAACAGGAAUUCAUUUUAGCCCACGACACAAAUAACGGAAAUGAGCUGGAAGGAGACCAGUUGGGUUACCAUACCAUUCAUACCGCGCCCUGUCCGUUCUGUAAAGGGAAAAGAAGAAGAAAAAGAGGAGGAAUAAAUUCGGAAUCAUGUGUCAGCACCCCCCUCCAUCCGUCGCACCAAUCCCAUGAGUAUAUUACUGCGAUUUGCGAAGAACCGAGUGCGACACACACCGACCAGACACCGACGAGACACACAGCUGUCACGCUGACGGGAUGCGUGGCCCGUCUGUCUCUCUCUGCCUUCCGAGGUAGCACGGCUUACACGGGUAAGCUGCGGCGGGCGGGGUGGGAGCUGCGCCUUUGAUGGAAUAGUACCCGGACCAAACUUUGAGAAGGGCAGAUUCCAGUCAUCGCGCCGGGAGAUGAAGGGUAUGAAGGACGGGAGAAGAUUGAGAGAAGGGUCUAAAUGGGAUGGAUAGACGAAGGGGACGGAGGAUUGGUUCAAUGGUGAAUUACCUCUAGGAAUGAUGGAUCAUGAUGAAUCAAAAUGCCCUGGCCCGGAACGGAUGGAAGUAGUGGUGAAUAGUGGGGGUGGGGUGGAUUAUAGGGCUGUUGGUGCCUGUCAGCCAGUGUUGCAUCAGCAACGCCGAUGCGACUGUUCGCGACGCUAAGAAAACCACCGGUGGUGCAUGUGUAAGAUGGGCGGGUGGCAAGGACGGUGGAGGAUGAAGGAAAAUGGGGGAAAUGGAGCUUGCAACAGCGCUCCGGUUUUUGGGAAAGACUCGAAUAAAUGGUAUAUAUGAAAAGGUUCGAAAUGUGAGGAUUGUAUAUUCGUUGGUAUUGUG